UUAGUGGAUAUGUGAAAAACGAAAUUAGCGAAUUUGUACUUAUUUAAUGAGAGAAUCGUUAAACUGGUGUGAAUUAUAUAUGGGGCAAGCAGGGACAGUAGCACAAUUAUUGCAUAAGGCACAACUUAUGAUAGAAGCAUGAGUGUAUAAAACCGAAAAAUUUUGGAAAAACAAUUUUAAAAAGAAAAAACGUUAACAUCGGUUGCACCAAAGCUAUAAUACCCUUCAUAAAUAUUAAAGUUGCAUACAAGAGCUUGAUUUGAAUCGUUCAGUUUGUAUGCCAGCUACAUGCUAUAGUCGUCCGUUUUCGACGGUUCCGGUUCUAAUGAGCAGUUUCUUGGGAAGAAAGGGGUUGAAAAUUGCAGUUUGAUAUCUCAAAAACUGAGACUAAGUUGCGUAUAUACAGACAGACAGACGGACAGUUAUAUUCACUUGUUAACUAUACGCACUUGCACAUUUGCACGUCAUCGGCAGUAGUUACUUAAUAUUGCACUCGUGUUUUCUGUCUGGAAAUUUACACAAGUUUUACUGAAAUUUGCCGUAGAAAAUUUCUUCGAAUAUUUAAAUUCACUUAUUUGAGUUUUUAAACGAGCGGAAAUUAUUGCAAUUUCCUUAAAUACACUUCAUGCUUCCGAUGAAAAACGAGCGCCGCGUCUAUGAAUGACAGGUAUAGUGAUGCCAGACCUAUUUUUAUGUACAAUUUGAUUGCUGAUGGUGUGAAAGUACGGAAAAAACUGUUUUUGAUUGCGGAUGAAAUUGAAAAGUAGUUUGAUUCGUUUAAAUAUUUUAAAUUUUGUAGAAUAUCCGUUUCAGCAAUAGUGUUGCCACAAGAACUCGAAAUCACAGCAGAGAACGUAGAUUUAUAACAGAGAACGUAUUUCAUAAUAUACGUUCUCGGGUAAUGAUUUGACAACCGCUAAUAGGGAAUUUGCUUUUCGGGUAUGUUCGGAAAGCAUACCAAUGGAAUUUCAUUUCUUCAUUAUUUGGGACGAACAGAGCUACAAAACAGACGAACGAGAAUAAUGUAGUUUUAUAGUGGAAAAUGGCGAAAAAUUUAAAUUUUGAUAUUGAAAACAUUCCUAGGGCAACCGGUUCCCCGCCUACAACAUCAAAAUCAACCCAGGAGCUGAAUGUGCAGCAGCAACAAAAGACGCCAACAACCGGCACACGUAUCACCAACUACAGCACAUCAUGCGCCGGCUGCUUGAAUGUAUUGAAUUUGAGUCGUGAGGAGUUCGUCAUUGCGCUGGGUCAAGAGUGGCAUAGCGAUUGUUUUCGUUGUUCCGUAUGUGAUACACAUUUGCACAAUUGGUAUUUCGAAAAGGACGGUCUACUCUUCUGCCGGGAUGAUUAUUAUCAACGUUUUGGUGAAUGCUGUCAACAAUGCAGUGCUAUAAUAACGGGGCCGGUUAUGGUAGCUGGCGAUCAUAAAUUUCAUCCAGAAUGCUUUUGUUGCAGCGCGUGUGCUGUGUUCAUUGGUGAGGGUGAAGCGUACGCAUUGGUUGAGCGUUCCAAACUCUAUUGUGGCAAUUGUUAUAAACAACAAGAAACACAUGCAGUUGCGACGGAUGUAGACGCGCUCAGCGCAAGUGUAACCAUUGAUGGUGGCGGCAGUGGUAACAAAAAACACACUAAUGCAAUUAGUGGCAGCGCAAAACCUAUACAUUCCAUACGUCUCGUUGAAAUACCGAAGGAUGCAACACCGGGUCUACGUCUGUCUGUGGAUAAUGUGAGCGUGCAACGACAUUAUUUGGAUGGCGGUAGUGGUGGUGGCAGCGGCGGUGCAUUUCGUGCCACUUCACCAACACAUGCUAAGCGUUUAGACGGUCCACUCGAAGUUUGUCCUGCCGUGCGCAUAUCUGAAUACAUUUGUAGAAUAUAUGGUCGCCUGGGGAAAUAUGUUUUCUCCUUUAUAACAUCGGUUAUCGAUCAGUGUUGUGGUAGCGAUUAUAGAAUCGACGUGAACUUAGCCAAUCUGCAUAUCGGCGAUCGCAUAUUGGAGGUGAACGGCACACCCGUUAACGAUACAUCCAUCGAACACAUUGACAAAUUGAUACGCAGCACUGAGAAAAUCCUACAGCUGACCGUCGAGCACGACCCCGUACAGGUGUGUCGCAGCUGUAGUCAAGCGGACAUAUUGCAACGUCCCACAUCGUACAGUGAUCUGCCACCGUUGGCAACAUCCGCAUCGAGCAUCGAAGUUUACGGACGUUGCUGCGUCACCGACUCGCUCACCGGCAGCACCAGCACCAGUACGAUCGCGCCGCACAGCAACAGCAGCGAUUGCGGUAGCGGCGGCAGCUCGCCCACGCGGCUCACCAAACUAGACAAGGAGCGCAUAUAUAAGCGCAAGGAUGAGGGUUAUAUAAGCGGCACGAAGACCCGUCAACUGCGUAAAUGCAAGAAUCUGAAUAUGAUUGCGAGUGAACAGCCAACGUUGCCACAUGCAGGUUCCACACAUUCCAUAGGAGCCACUAUGAGCGGCGCUGCUACUGCGAACGCUAAAGUUGGCGCAACUGCGGCGAAUUCCACACAACUGGGCAUGCGUUUGCGCGAGAAGGAGCGCUGUUCCAGCAUGUCCAAGCUGCUGGAUGAACAACAUGCGCCGACGGAGCAAAUUUACGAUUUAUCGCGCACGAAAUCCUUUCGUGUGGAGCCCAAGCCGCAACGCAUUUUUCGUGCCUCCGAUCUGGUGUUGGGCGAACUGCUCGGUAAGGGUUUCUUUGGGCAGGUAUACAAGGUAACGCAUCGUCUGACGAAGGAGGUGAUGGUGCUCAAGGAAUUGUAUCGCGUGGAUGAGGAAGCGCAGCGUAAUUUCCUCAAAGAGGUUGCAGUGUUGCGUUCGCUGCAUCACAAGAAUGUGCUGCGCUUCAUUGGCGUGCUCUACAAAGACAAAAAGUUGCAUUUGGUCACCGAGUAUAUAGCGGGCGGUUCGUUGAAGGAGCUUAUACACGAUUCGGGUUUGCCGCUCACAUGGCCGCAGCGCGUCUCAUUCGCCAAGGAUAUUGCUUGUGGCAUGAGUUAUUUGCACCGUAUGAACAUCAUACAUCGUGAUCUGAAUUCGCUAAACUGCCUCGUGCGCGAGGACAAGUCGGUGAUUGUGGCGGACUUUGGGUUGGCGCGCAUCAUUACGGCGCCGUUCUUCAGCGCCGGCAGCAGCAGUGGCGCGGCAGGCGGUGUUGCGCUUGGCAGUAGUAGCAGCAGUGAGCGUUGGUCUGGCGGCGCAUGCCUAAGUCCGAAUGGCACAUUGGGACGCAGCAAGAGUCGACAGCGCAGGCAGCGUUAUACGGUGGUGGGUAAUCCUUAUUGGAUGGCGCCGGAAAUGAUGAAGGGACUGAAAUAUGAUGAGAAAGUGGAUGUGUUCUCGUUUGGCAUUAUGCUGUGUGAGAUCAUUGGACGCGUACAAGCCGAUCCGGAUUUCCUGCCGCGCACCUCCGACUUCGGCUUGAACCAGAAGGUAUUCCGCGAGAAGUUUUGCCCACAGUGUCCAGAAGCGUUUUACAAAAUUGCCUUUCUUUGCUGUGAUCUCAAUCCUGAUAAAAGACCGUCCUUUGAAAUACUCGAAAUCUGGUUGGAAAGUCUGAUGGCCUCCAUUGCCAUGAACCAGUCGCUGCCCGCCGAUCUGCUGUACGACAUAGAAAACUUUAAGGGCAUUAUAAGCAUCAGCAGCACGCCAGACGGCAUGCUCACGCCGAAGUCGAAUCGCAGCCGCGACGAUCUGGACGAUUUGGGCGCGCAGCGUAAGUCAACGCCACCGAAGAAUGAAAAGCCUGCGGUAGUUGUGACACAGCUUAGUAUAAACGCGGAAGGCUUUAAAGACGACAGCGAUUUCCACGAUGUGACGAAAAUGGAAGGCAAAGAGAAUGCGGUCAUAUUGCGUAAAGAUAUGCCGAAAUCGCCGCAUUUGGGUAAAGACUUCUCGCCUACUGGCGAGCGUAUACGCGAUAGCAUGCGUGCACGGCGCCGCCAACGACUUAUGCAAGCCGCGCAACAACGCGGCGUGACGCCAGAGAAUAAGUGCACCGAAAGCGUGUUAGAAGCGGUGAAACAGACGCUGCAGAAUGGUGCGCGCGGCGGCACGCCACUGAGCAGCUGCAAUGGUGGUGGCGCGAAGAAGAGUCGUCCGUACGGCGAGAAGGGUUUUCUGCUAGACAUCAAUCGCGAUGGCGAUUUGCGCUUAAAUAAUGUAAAAGAUUUGAAUUAUUGCUCAGAUUUCGACUCCAGUUGCGACACGAGUCUUAACUAUCACGAGGUAAACGCUGUGGAUGACAUGAAAGCAGCUGAAUGUGAAAUGCCUGCAGCGCACUUAAUAAAUCGACCGGCGGUCUUGCAAGAAGAGGAUCACACAGAAGAUGAAGUACAAAGCGAUGAGGCGAAAAUGUUGGUGCCUACGCAGACAACGUUAGACGCUGAAAUGCAGCUGAGCGCCACAGCGUGUACGAGCGCGCAAUCGCCGACAGUCAGUGCGGCCACUGAAGAGGUUGACGCAGCGACGCUUAGUACCAUGCAACAGAUACAGAAAAAGAUUUCCGCAAAAUCGUACAAAAAUGCGCUCGAUGACAUACGGACGAAGUUGAAUUUGUGUCGCAACAAAUUCGAAACAAUCGACGCAGCGAAUCGACGCAAUUUCAGCAAUUCACAAAAUUCAAUGAAAACCUUCUUCCGCUCGCGCAACUCGCGCUCCAUUGCUACCAGCCCCACAGAGCCCGCGAACGCCAGUGAAAGUGUGUACAAAACGCCACCCGAAGCAUUAAAAAUGUUCCAGCGUCUUGAAGCGGCCAGCGCAGCCGCAUUACCGGCCGGUACGCCGUCCAGCGAGCUUGCGCGCUUGCCUGGACAAAGUGUCGCCUCAAGCAGCAGCAGCAACAGCAGCACCUACCGCAUCAAUCAAACGCCGAUAUUUGGGCGCAAGCAGCUACCAAAACAGGUCGAGCUGUAUACCGCACACUCUGAGUCAUUGGAGAAUCUACACACGGGUUUGCCGUGCAUGCCGCCGUUAACCCCGGUAGCAGCACGUAAAAAUAAAAACAGUCCGGGUGGCAGCGGCAAGCGCGCGAAAUCGCCUAAACGUCCUGUGAGCACAUUCCGUAGCUACCUUAAUGAGGUGGCAGCGGAGGAGAUUGAAGAAAGCACACCCGCGCGAUUGACUGCGUCAGCGACAACCACGACGACUGCAGGAACUACGGUGGAGACGACGCCGAAAAAGAAUCGUCGCCUCAAUAGUGGUAAAGAGAGUACAAACGUACAGCUAUGGCAGACAGAGAAGCCAGAAAAAGCGGCAGCGACAAAUAAAAGUCGUAUCUUUGGCUUGCGUAGCUCAGCGAAGCCGUCAGCGAUGACGACGACAACGCGAGAGAUGACACAAGCGCCGCAACGGCGUACACUUUCGCCCACAAAAGCCAGCGACGCGCGUCGACUGGCGAACAGACAAGAUGUGCAAAACACAGCACCACCAACCCAACAGCAGCGCCUGCGUCAAAGUCUUGCCAGCAACAGUAGUCAUCAUAGUAAUUUUACAACAACAACACCUGCUAACGUGAAAAGUACAACCCGUCUCACCAUACUCAGUCCCGAGAAAGUGCAUCGCCUCAAUGCGAAACUGACGGAUCAGAAGGUAAAAGUCAAAAGUAGUGAUACGAAAGCCACAGUCGUGGGCAACACAGUGGCAGCGACGCCCACAGCGAACAGCAGCGCUGAACAAGCCUUACAAUUAGAGCGACGCAAGCGUAAGCAACUCUCAACGCGAUAUUGAUUUGAUAUUUUCGAAAGCUAUAAUGAAGCGAAUAAUAAAUUUAGAUUUAAAACGAAACUAAACGAUAAUAAUACAAUAGGAUGAAAUGUGUAGAAGGAAGAGUGUAACAGUUAAAUAUUUUUAAUUCGAACUUAACUGGAUAUUCGAAUAAAGAAUAGAGUAUUGUAAGCAAUUUAUAUCAAAGUGUAUUAGGUUUAAAAGACAAGCUUAAAAAGACAAGUAGUGUAUAAAUAACGGUUUUGCCUGUCUGUAUGUAUGUAAAUUUUUAUUCCAUCUACAACAUAGUUGAGGAAUGUAAGCGUUACGACCGCCAUACGAAUAUAAAAUAGUUGAAAACUUGCAAUUUUAUUUCAAUAACAAUUAAUUUUAAGUGUUUAUUAUGCGAAAGUUGUAAACAAAUGAAAAGUUGAAUAUAAUAUAUAGUUGUUAGUGGGAAAAAAGUGCCUAAACUAUGUAGGAAUAUAUUAUAUAAUGCAAUAUGCUUUUUACACAACUAAUAUACGAAAAAUGCGAAAAAUUAAUAAACGCAACACAAUCUUGGCCAGCAAGUCCGAAAACGACGAGCGCAUAACGGUGUUUUUGAAAAAAAAAAAAUUAAUAACGUUGUGAAAAAACAGUUGGAAAACUCUUAAUCACUACCUCACAUAUUACUAAAAAUUAAUGACUUACUACAAAAUGUACUAAAAUCGCCACUAAUGUUUCACGCUUUUUAUUUGCUUCCAUCUAAGCGUUAUUUGUUGUCAGCUUUUAACUAGUAAUAAAAGUAUAAAUGUAAUUAUAUAUACAUAUAUAAUAUAUAUAACAAACAGCUGAAUUUCCUCAAUGUAUCGCUAACCACCUACACUAUAGUGCCAUUCGAAAAAAGUAAACUGAACUAACACGAAAAAUAAUUUCUUUAAAAAAUAUAUAUGUAUGUAUAUGUAGCGCGCAAAAAUUAUUCUAAAUGCAAUUUGGAAGCGCACACAUUAAAGUCUAUUAUAAAAAUAAGUAUAUAAGCUACAAAUUAUAGGACGAAAACUUAAACGAAAAAAGUUAAACAUUAGAAAUAUUUUUUUUGCUUAGUAAAAUCGUGUAAAAAUUUUCUAAAAGCUGCCACUAAACACUUCUAAAUAUUAAAACAUAGCAAACAUAUGUGAAAUUUCACUUUCACUUUUCACCAACAAAUUUGAUGUUCGUUUCAUGCGUUUAAACUACCGCCACAUAACAAAUAUAUGCAA